AUGGGUAAACAAGUGGACUCCAAAUACUUCAAGAAGACAGAGAUAGAAGCAGAUGCUGCACCUAACAUAACAGCACCAAGCUUUCAAGGAAAAUUAGAUCUCUCUUCAUUCACAUACUCUCCAAGCCGGCCGCUACGCCCUCACCGAAAUAGUUCCCGAACAACUCCCCGUAAUCUUCUGUCAAAUUCAUCAACCUCACAAUCAUCUCUUUCUCCUCUGAAGCAGGAAUUCUGUAUCGACGCUCCCGAUGUCACAGCAGGCUCUCAAUCAGAAUCCGAAAGCAACCGGUUGGAAGCUUGGAAUUGCAAAUCGCCUGAGCAGGGAACGCAUGAACACAGGAAGCAUGAAUAUGGAACGUCACAUAAUGAAGCUGGGUGCAAUUUCCCUCAAGAAAUGAGUGAGCAGCAUGAUCGAUCCAUUGAAAUGGGGCUGCGUGGCGAUUGUACGCCCUCCCCUAUGACUUCGCCCGUACCAACAAGUGUUCGAAAGAGGCAAUCACCUACAAUGUGCCCAGUCGAAGCUCCUGAAUAUGUAAACGCAACCCCUUCUCCUCUAAAACGCAGGCUGGAGUCAAUUUCCGCAACCCCAGCAAGCAAGCCCUCUCCAGCAAAAAAACGUCGUUCUCGCGCUGGCGGAGGCUACAAACCUCCAUCUCACUACGCGCAUCUUUCGUUUCUCCCCGAUGUCAUAGCACCUAAUCUUUUGUGUCUUUUCGUAGGUCUUAAUCCAGGUUUAUUAACCGCUCAAGUUGGCCACGCAUAUGCACAUCCCUCUAAUCGUUUUUGGAAACUACUCUAUUCAUCAGGUUGUACCACUCGACUUUUGAAGGCGGAGGAUGAUUUCAAGCUACCAGAGUUAUAUUCUUUAGGAAAUACAAAUAUUGUGGAAAGACCUACAAGAAAUGGAGGGGAGUUGUCGAAAAAAGAAAUGGACGAGGGAGUGAGUUUGUUGGAAGAGAAGAUUAGGGCUUAUAGACCGGAGGUUGUGGCAUUGGUUGGGAAGGGUAUCUGGGAGAGUGUGUGGAGAGUCAAGAAGGGGAAACCUAUGGCAAAGGAUGAGUUCAAGUAUGGGUGGCAAUCGGAAGAAGAGAAUUUGGGAGUGAUAAAUGUUGGAGAUUCAUGGGGAGGAGCUAGGCUUUUUGUGGCAUCUAGUACGUCUGGACUGGCAGCAUCAUUGUCGCCUGCGGAAAAGGAGAAGAUAUGGGGAGAAUUGGGGUCCUGGAUUGAGCGAAGAAGAAAAGAAAGAGAUGGAUUGAAUGAAGUGAAAAAAGAGGUAGAAGAUUGUGGCUGA